AUACUUAAAAGCACAAAUGUGCUAUGUCCACAUUACACAAAAUUAAGAUUUUUGCACCAUUAGAAUUCUUGCCAAAAGCAGAGUCUAUGGCACAACAGUUCUAAGUCCUUUUUAUAAAUAGGACGUGUGUAAAUAUGGUAAAACUAAAAAGGCUAUGUCCCUGCAAUUCGGUUUAUCUGGUGCGCAUAAGUACUAUGUCCGGCACUGUAUGAACUCGCGAGCUCAAACGUGCUAUGUCCAGGCAUAAGCCUGUUGAUUUUUGAUUGACGAAGUGUUUAGAAUGAAUGAGACUUAUUUAUUAAAUUAAUUCAUUUUUAACGAUACUAAUUGCUUGAUUUUGACGAUAAUAAGUGAUCACUAGUGACGCGUUAAAAAUAGUGUUGUCUGUGGUUCCCAGCAAAAAAAAUCGGUAAAGUUGCAUUAUUAUUACUGUUAGAAGUGUGUUUAUUUUUAUGUUUUUUUUAGAUAUGAGUCGUAACCCAGAAGACUGGCUAAGGUGGUAUAAUGAGUUGGAAAAUACGGAGAAUGAUUAUUUGCCGACAGGAAAUAAUAAUAAUAUUAUCUAUGACUGUGAAAUUGGCGAGGAUGGAACAGUAACCAGUAUAGCGCUUGCUCAGUCCAAUAAUGAAGAUGGUUAUUGUAACAUAAAUACACCAUCUACUUCAGCAACAGCACCAAAUAUUGAUAUAGGGGAAUUGGAAACCUUUGACGCUGACCUCGCUGGUAACAGCAAAGCCAAAGAUUAUUAUCCUGCUCAUGAUAGUGACUCAAGCGAAUCAGAUCACACAGGCUCAGAACACCUAAAGAGUGCCGUAAUUGUUCCUGCAAUUUUAUCACAAGCUGAUCCUGGUCUUUCUGAAGAUAAAUCAGCAAGACAUCAGCGAAACCGGAAAGGACCAUCUGCUUCAGUAACAACACAAAAUAUUGAUGCAAGGGACUUGGAAAACUUUGACGCUGACCUCGUUGAUAACAGCAAAGACAAAGAUUAUUAUCCUCCUACUGAUAGCGACUCAAGCGAAUCAGAUUACACAGGCUUAGAACACCCAAGCAAUGUCAAUAUAGCCCCCCCAAUGUUAUCACAAGCUGAUCAUGGUUCUUCUGAAAACCAUCACACAGCCUCAGAACACCCAAACAGUGUCGUAAUUAAUCCCGCAAUUUCAUCACAAGCUGAUCUUAGUGCUUCUGAAAACCAACCGGCAAGACGUCAGCGGAAACGGAGAGGAUUUGCUGAACCAAACCUUUGGAAGAAAAAUGAUCGAAAAUUAAAACAAGCAGCUGGGCAAUCGUAUGUUGAUAGGAAGGGCAUUGUGCGACCAAGAAAACAAUUGAAAAUCAUACAUUGUUGGUGCCGAUUCUCCUGCAAAAACAUUACUAUUACACAGCAAGAAGCCUUACUCGAGGAAUAUUGGAGUUAUGCUGAUAUUGCCAGACAAAAGGAUCACAUUUGUUCAUUGGUUAAAGAAAUGCCAGUAGUCAGAAAGAGAAAAAGGAAGGAAGAUUCAGAGGUGGACAAGAAAGUCAGCAGAGCAUAUUUUUUACCAGAUGGAAAAGGAGAAGUGGUUCGUGUUUGCCUCCCAUUUUUUUGUACCACUUUUGCAAUUUCUAAAAAAAUCGUCAAUGAUGCAUUAUUUUUUAAAAGUGUAAAUGGGUCCUAUCUUGGAAAAGAUAAAAGGAAAGGAAAACCAGCCCACAAUGCAACGUCAAAAGCAAAAGUGCAGGCUGUACGUCGUUUUCUUGCCGAUUUCCCUAAAGUACCUUCCCAUUACUGUAGACAACGGAGUUCGCGCCUAUACCUGGCUCCUGAUCUUACUAUAAGUAAAUUAUAUCAACUGUACACUGAAAGAGAGGGUCCUGCAUCAGUUAAAGAGCCUGUUUUUCGCAGAAUUUUCAAUGAGUUUGAGCCACCGCUUGCGAUAUUUCAACCAAAAAAAGACCAGUGCUCCAUAUGUAACGAAGCAGAACGUAAGAAAACAACUGAGACCGACCAGACCUAUAAACAACAUAGGCAGAGAAAGGAGAACAUCGCAUUAAUGAAGACCAAAGAUAAGAAAGAUGCCGAGAAUUCCGAAACAAUGAUUUACGCUACUUUUGAUUUACAGGCUGUGCUAACACUGCCGUUUGCUGGCGAUGCUCAAAUUUAUUUUUCUAGAAAACUUUCCCUUAUGAACUUCACAAUUUAUGAUUCGAUGCAGAAUGGCGUGUGUUUCCUAUGGGACGAAACCGGAGGAAAAAAAGGAAGUUCAGAAAUUGGUACGUGUCUAUUGAAGUAUAUUCAAAACCUUCCUAGGGAAGUUAAGCACGUUGUGCUUUAUGCGGAUACAUGCGGUGGCCAAAACCGCAAUAUAAAUGUAUUUGCUGCUUUGAUUUAUGCAGUAAAUACCCUUGGUACUUUAAAUAUAAUUGACUUAAAGUUCAUGGAAAACGGCCAUAGCUACCUCGAAGCCGACAGUAUCCAUGCAACUAUUGAAAAAAACAGAAAACACAAGAAAUUGUAUUUGCCAAGAGAUUACAAACUCUUAAUUGAAAUGAGUAGAAAAAAGCCAUUUCCUUACGUGGUACACGAAAAUCGAUUUGAUGAUGUCUACAAUCUUCAAGAUUUGAGCUCUAAACUUAUCAGCAACAGAAAAAAAACCACAAUGGGAAAGGAUGUCAAGUGGCUUCAAAUUAAGUGGUUCAGAUUUUUGCGAGACGCGAAAACAGUUGGCUUCAAAUACGAUGUUACAGCAAAUGAAUUUGAACACAUCAGCUUCAAUAGCACGGACAUUCAAUGGAAUUCAGUUGGAUUAACCAAAAAAUAUACAAACGAGCUUCCAUUAUCUUUGACCAAAAAACGAGACCUAUUAAAUCUCAUCCGAAAGGGUAUAAUUCCUCAAGAUUACUAUUCUUUCUUUAAUAAUUUACCCUCAGCUCGAGGAGUCAGAGACCAAGCAGUAUGGAAUCUCGAUAACCAAGAAGAAAACGCCGAUGACACCUCUUUGGUCAGUAAUAAUGACUAAGGCAUAGUUUCUUUCUUAACAGUGGUAACUUUUUGUAUUUACAUAAACUGUAUAUUUUUUUGCACUUAGGUGUAUUUUGUAUGAUUUUUGUUUUAUUCUUGAUGAUUAUAGCAUCAACAAAAAUAUGUUUUGUUCCAAAUAAAUUU